AUGAAUAUAAAACAAAUUGAAAAGCUUGCCAACGAACCACCAGCAUGGAGCAAGCAAGAGGAGAAAACUUUAAGACGUCCUUUUGACUAUUUAGCGUCAAGUCCGGGCAAAAACUUUAGAUCAGAACUCAUCAUGAUCUUCAACUCGUUCUACAAGUUGCCAAACCAAAAAGUUGCCGUGAUUUCCAAACUGGUUGAAAUACUGCAUACAUCUAGUUUGUUAAUUGAUGACAUUGAGGACAGCUCCGAGUGGAGGCGUGGUCUGAAAGCAUCGCACCUGGUUCACGGGAUUCCGAUGACCAUCAACACGGCUAACUAUAUGUAUUUUUACGCCAUGGAGUCUCUUCAAGAGCUUGCACAAGACUAUGAUCAAUGUGUACUGAAUCAGCUUUUGAUAAUUUUCAAUCAGGAAAUGAUGAACCUUCAUAGAGGCCAGGGUCUGGAUAUUUACUGGAGAGACGACUUUGUUGUACCAGACGAGCAGCAAUAUCUCAAUAUGGUCAUGAACAAAACUGGUGGUCUAUUCAGGCUCACCGUGCGACUAAUGGAGGCUUUUUCCGCGCAGUUCAGUGGUGAGACGUCUCUGGUGCCGCUCAGCAAUCUACUGGGGAUUCUUUAUCAGAUACGAGACGAUUACAUGAAUUUACAAGACGCCACCAUGAUUAAAAACAAAGGUUUCGCAGAGGAUGUCUCGGAGGGAAAGCUCUCUUUUCCAAUAAUACACGGCAUCCGUCACGGUAAAGCCGAGGGCAACAGUCUAGUGUGGGAAAUUCUUCAAACUCGAACCCAGGACAUCGAGCUCAAGAAACAAUUGGUUCACUACCUGGAGCAUACUAGUGGUUCCAUGCAGUACGCACGCAAUAAAGUUUUACAGCUAGGGAUUCUCAUUAAAGAGGGUUAUUUUCCAUUAAUUCAAAGGUGCGGGCACGACACAUUUGCAUUAAAUGCUGCUGUCAACUCCUUGUGUGACAUCUGA